GUCACCAUCAUGACCAAUGACCCUCCCGCCGCGGGGGCCGAGAGCACGGACCCCCAAGGGCAGGGGGACAUGGAGAAGGCCGACAUGGUGGACGGGAUCAAGGAGAGCGUGUGCUGGACUCCCCCCGUGGACCUCAACCCCGCCAAGACCUGCGACUACCAGUCCCUCUGCGCCCGUUUCAAGGACCUCCUGCUUUUGCCCGGGAGUCCAAGUGGGCACAACCGGGCGGCCACCCUCAUCCCGGCUGACCGGGCCAAGCAGAUGUUCGGACCGCCGGUGAUCACGACACGGCACUUUGCGACCCAGCCAGCUUUCCCGGCCGGUACCCCGGAACACGGGCAGUACCAAAGCAGCCAGGCCGGGCACAGCCCCUACGCCGUGGGGCAGGGCCAGCACACGGUGCCCGUCAGCUACGCCAGCAGUCAGUCCAUCCGAGGACCCUCGGCUUUCUCCACGAUGCAGUAUUUGCCCCAGCAGCAACCUGGUUACGCCAUCCACGGUCACUUCCCCGCCGCCCAGGCAGGAUUCAUCCCGCCCAGCACCACCAUCCCUCUCCAGAAGCAGCUGGAACACGCGAACCAGCAGUCCGGCUUUUCCGAUUCGUCCACCCUUCGUCCGAUGCACCCCCAGGCCCUCCACCCCAACCAGGGUCUCCUCCAGGCCUCCCAGCUCCCGGUCCAAAUGCAGACCACCGCCAAGCCCACUUUGGCCUACACUCACCCGGCCCGGCCUGCCUCUCCGGGGAGCUUCCCGCAGCAGCCACACACGUCUGGCUUCCAAACUUCACCCCAGGCCGCACCUCGGCACCCUUUUAUACAGCACCCGCAAGGCCAGCGUUUCUACCACAAGUGAGCCCCGGCAGACACACACACACAAACACACACACACACUGCUUCAGCAUCCUUCCCCGCCCGCAUGCCCGGCCUGAAUUCGGAAAGUCUCUCUCGGACGAGUGUCUGCCUGGGAAUCCUUUUCUCCUUUCCUGCCUUCCUCUCCAGGAAUGUCAUGAAUUUUGCCAAAUUGCAACUGUGGCGUUCUCCAAAUACAUUUGUGUGGCUUUCGUUUCACGCA